AUGACAAACAUAAAAUCAUCGUCGUUAAAUGUAUCGAAUGCAAAUUCGUCAUUUCAUCGUUCACAUUCAGACAUUGAUUUAUUAACUGAACGUACCCGUCGUAUUGCAACACCCAUAACAGAAAUAACAACAAAACCACCUCUCUCACCACUGUCAUCAUCCGGACCGAUGUCUCCGUUGUUACUUCCAUGGGAUCGAUUAAAAUACUGGCUUCAUGCGAUUGUUGUUGUUACAUUUGAUUUAGAAUUGGGUCAAUCUAUUGAACUUUUAUUACCGCAUCAUUGUAAAUUAUCGGAUAAAGAAAAAUUAAACUUGUGUUAUUUGUCAUUUCCCGAUGCAAAUUCAACAUUUUUAGGUGAUACACAAUAUCAUUUUCGUAUUAAACAUGAUUCAUGGUCAUCUGGUUCAUCUCAACGUCAUCAACUUCCACUGUCAAUGUCCUAUUAUGAACAUUAUAAUCGAAUUGUACCAUCAGCAUUACAAGUAGAUCCUAAUUAUUUAUAUGGCUACGUCCAUUUUCGACAAAUAAGAGAUAAAAAUAUUAAACGUGGCUAUUUUCAAAAAUCUGUUGUACUAUUAUCAAAAUUACCAUUUGUUUCAUUGUUUUUAUCUGUUGUUAGUCAAUUGGGACCAAAUUAUUUUGAAUUAGGUUUGGCAAGUUUAGAAACAUGCUGUCAUCUAAUGGAUAAUCAAUGGCCAGAACCAGAACCGGGGAAAACAUUGUUAUUGCCGUUGUUGGGAAAUGUUUUACAAGUGAGAAUACCCACUCAUGGUGACAAACCAUUUUCAUCAUCUGAUCUUGUGCAAUUUCGUACAAUUUUAACCAAUACAAAUAAUCGCACAAUCUCGCAUCCUGUACAACAACACCAACAACAAAAUUUUCCCAUCGAUAAUAGUACAGAGAUGAAUAAUUUAACUUUAAACAGUGAUUCAGCAAACGCUGAUAAGAAUUAUCAAACUGAUGCACAGUUAUCAGUAUCUCUGCCGUCCAUAUCAGUGAGCAAACAACUUCUUUGGGAAUUGGUAUUACUGAAUGAACCAAUCGCCGUAUUAGGGACAUUUCCGACGAGUUGUUCUCAAACAGUUCAAGCAAUAGUGCAUAUUAUUUGGCCGUUACAAUAUGCAUCAGAUUACCGUCCAUUUUUUACAAUACACAAUAGUGAGUUUCAUGAAUAUACGUUUCAAUCAUCGAAGAAAAAUUCCGAUCAACCACCAUCUGUUAUCAUAGGCGUAACAAAUCCAUUUUUUGCAAAAUUAUUACAUAAUUGGCCUCACAUAAUUCGGGUUUGUGAUACAAUUAAUACGUCUGACACAAAGAAAAAAGAACAAUAUUCAAUUGUUGAUCGAAGUCUGAGUGAUGGUGAUGAGGAGAAUUUAUCAGUAAAUGAAAUUGAUGAUGAUAUAGGCAAUAUUCAACCACCAAUAGUACCAACAAAAAUAAUAUCACCAAUCACUCAACCGUAUAAACGUAAAACGACUCCAUUUCGUGCUGGUAAUUCUCACUUGACGUUCGACAUGAAACCCGGUCUUUACACAAAAUAUAAGCCACAUCUACAACGUGAUAAGACUAUUUUAAAAAAAUUACAAAAUUCUGCUCAUCAGCGUCCAGAUAACGUUCAAAAUGCAUUAUUAAGACGAUUUUUUUUGGAAUUAACUCAAAGUUUUAUUAUACCAUUAGAACGUUAUUUUACUAGUCUAUUACCGUUAAAAAAAUUUUACAUACCGAAUCGUAAACAACCACCAAUUAAAAUAUUUGAUAAUGAUGAAUUUUUGAAAACACUCGAUCUCUAUGGUCCACAAUUAACAAGUGGAUUAAAAGGUGAUUGGAAAGAAUUAUAUAAACAUUUUUUACGAACACCAAAUUUUAAACAUUGGUUAUUGAAUAGACAAACGGAAGCAGAACUAAAAAUAUUUAGUUUAUUUAUUGAGACAAUAGCCAUCUGUCAUUUAGAAAAUGAUUUAUUAUCAUUUAUAACAAAUGAAAUUGAGUUAAUUGAUCUUUUGUUGAAAUUAAAUGAUUAUGUAUCGAAAAUAGAAACUGAUCAAAUUACCAUAGAUGACAAUAUCAAAGAGGAUUGUAUUGAAAAAUUAAAAUUGAAAAUAAAUAUAAUCAUAAAUGAAAAAUUAUCUGAUGAUAUGAAAACACUAUUUAGUAAACAAGUCAAUUUUCGAGAUAAAAGUGAUUUACAUCAAGUUAAUACCAGUUAA